CUCUAUCUCUCUCUCUCUCUCCUCACAUCUCUCCGACCACCCCGAAAGAGAGGGGCGAGAACGAGGACGAAGCGAUUGGAAAAGGGGAAAACCCUUACCCUAAUUUUCCCCUCUCCCCGAUUUCUCAGUUUUGGGGAUUAGAUCAGUUGUAUUAGAGUUUUGCGUAGAGAAAUUCGGAUGGAGAGCUCAGAGGAGGGGAAAGCUCCCCAGAAGGAAUGCGUUAAGGUCGCUGUCAACGUUCGGCCUCUCAUCACCGCUGAGCUCCUCAAUGGAUGCACCGAUUGUGUUACCGUUGUCCCAGGGGAACCCCAGGUGCAAAUUGGUUCAUAUGCUUUCACAUAUGACCAUGUCUAUGGUAGUUCAGGCUCUCCAUACUCUUCCUUAUUUGAAGAAUGCGUUCUUCCGCUUGUUGAUGCAUUAUUCAGUGGUUAUAAUGCCACCGUCCUUGCUUACGGGCAGACUGGUUCUGGUAAGACUUAUACAAUGGGGACUAACUAUACUGGCGAAUCCAAUUGUGGAGGAAUCAUACCACUAGUAAUUGAAACUAUAUUUAAGAAAGUCGAAAUGAUGAAGGACUCCACAGAGUUUCUCAUUAGGGUCUCAUUCAUUGAGAUUUUCAAGGAGGAAGUCUUUGAUUUAUUAGACUCUCAGUCUCAUGCAGCUUUAAGAACUGAGGUUGGGUCUGUUGCUAAGAUGACUGCACCUUCUAGAGCACCCAUCCAAAUCAGAGAGACAGCAAAUGGUGGGAUCACUCUCGCAGGUGUUACCGAAGCAGAAGUCAGAACAAAAGAGGAGAUGGCAUCAUAUUUAACUCGAGGAUCCCUUUCCCGUGCAACGGGAAGCACUAAUAUGAAUAGUCAAUCAAGUCGUUCACACGCCAUCUUUACGAUUUGCAUCGAGCAAAAGAGAAUCUCCAAUAACUCAUCUAAUGGUGUGGUUAUGAGUGAUGUUGGUGAUGACAUUUUGUUCGCAAAGCUUCAUCUGGUGGAUCUUGCUGGUUCAGAACGUGCAAAACGUACAGGAGCUGAUGGACUUAGACUUAAAGAAGGAAUACAUAUAAACAGGGGCUUGCUAGCUCUUGGUAAUGUUAUUAGUGCAUUGGGUGAUGAGAAAAAGAGGAAAGAAGGAGGCCAUGUUCCUUAUCGCGAUAGCAAAUUAACUCGUCUAUUGCAGGACUCUCUUGGAGGAAACAGCAAAACUGUCAUGAUUGCUUGCAUUAGCCCUGCUGAUUCAAAUGCUGAAGAGACAAUAAACACUCUCAAGUAUGCAAAUCGUGCACGCAAUAUUCAGAAUAAAGCGGUGAUAAACCGUGACCCAGUAACUGCCGAAAUGCAAAGAAUGCGCAGUCAGUUGGAGCACUUGCAGGCUGAACUCCUAUUUUGUCGCAGUGGAGGUUCAGCACUCGAGGAACUUCAGGUUCUUCAACACAGAAUAGCUGUGCUUGAGGUAAGAAAUAAAGAGCUUUAUCAGGAGCUAAAGGAGCGUCAGAUAACCUGUGAGCAGUUUGCUCAACGGGCACUUGAAGCUCAGGUGGAAAAGGAUAAACUUGUUUUGAAGAUUGAAUCAGCACGCAAUGGAAAACCGUGGGACGAGAUUGAUAAAACAGAUGAGACACAAGAACUAGACCUAGUGAAGAAUUAUGUAGCAAAGAUUCAACAAUUGGAGACACAGCUGGUGCAGGUUCAGAAUCGCUGCAGAAAUGGUAUCCAGGAUCGCCUUGUGUUGGAGAAAGACAUGCUUUUAAAUGAUUUAACUCCAAGUUGUGAGGGAGAAACCAUUGAUGUUUCCAUUGAAGCUGAAGAAGACGAAAAGGAAAGGGAACAUUCAUCACUACAAGAUAGGCUUGAUAAAGAGCUUCAGGAACUAGACAAGCGGCUUGAACAAAAGGAGGCGGAGAUGAAACAGUUUGCAAGAGUUGAUACAUCAGUUCUCAAACAGCAUUAUGAAAAAAAGCUUUUAGAAUUGGAGCACGAAAAGAAAGCACUGCAGAAAGAGAUUGAGGAUCUUCGUUUCAACCUUGCAAAUAUAUCUUCUUCCUCUGAUGAGUGUGCUCAAAAGUUGAAGGAAGAUUAUCUUCAAAAAUUGAACAUGCUUGAAGCUCAGGUUGCUGAGUUGAAAAAGAAGCAAGACGCUCAAGCACAGUUACUAAGACAAAAACAAAAAAGUGAUGAAGCAGCUAGACGUUUGCAAGAAGAAAUUCAGCGGAUAAAAUCUCAGAAGGUUCAACUUCAACACAAGAUCAAACAAGAAUCUGAACAAUUCAGAAUAUGGAAGGCAUCACGAGAAAAAGAAGUCCUACAGCUCAAAAAGGAAGGACGAAGAAAUGAGUAUGAGAUGCAUAAGCUUUUAGCCUUAAACCAAAGGCAAAAGAUGGUUUUGCAGCGGAAAACUGAAGAAGCUUCUUUGGCUACCAAAAGAUUGAAGGAGCUGUUAGAAGCAAAGAAAGCUUCCUCUCGUGAGAUAUCUGCUCCAGGGAGCGCAAAUGGUCCAGGGAUUCAGGCCCUGAUGCAAGCUAUUGAACAUGAGCUUGAAGUUACAGUAAGGGUGCAUGAAGUUCGUUUGGAAUAUGAGCGACAAAUGCAAGAGAGAGCUGCAAUGUCUAAGGAGGUAGCAAGGCUGAAAGAAGAAUCAGAAAUGUUUAAACAGAAGCUUAUGAGUGAUUGUCCUCAAACAAUGUCCCCAAGUGCGAGAAGUUCGAGGAUCUCGGCCCUGGAAAAUAUGCUAGCAACAUCUUCUAGCACACUUGUUUCCAUGGCCUCUCAACUGUCGGAAGCUGAGGAGCGUGAGCGGUUAUUUAGUGGCAGAGGGAGAUGGAACCAAGUUAGGUCGCUUGCGGAAGCAAAGAAUGCAAUGAAUUAUUUGUUUAACCUCGCGUCCUCCUCGAGGUGUCAAUUACGAGAUAAAGAUGUGAGCUGUAGGGAGAAGGAUGCAGUAAUAAGCGAGCUCAAGGAAAAGGUGGUCAGGCUUAAUGGCAUGGUUAGACAAUUGGAAGCACAAGUGAAGGAACUCCACAACCUAAAUAUGCAGGAAUUUUCUGGUAAGACGACUGUGAAGAACUCAGAUGAAACCAUUGGUAAUGGAACAUUAAACUCUGAAGAAGAUGGGCGAUCCUAUGCUCUGCGAAAGGCUCCUCGAACCUCCCAAUUUUUUAUGCAAGGCAGGCAUAGUAACUUCGCCUUCUUGGACGACAUGGACAUAUCAGAAUCUGAGCAUUCAGAGGAGGGUGAACAGGAUGCAGAAGAUGGGUCAGAUUCAGAUUGGGUGGAAUCGAGUAAAAAGAUUGCUACCAAGCGAUCUAAAGCAGCUGCCCUACUAAAACCCAAGUCGGAUGAUAUUUCUGGUGAGGUAAAUAUAAAACCGGAAAUGCCAAGUGAAGAAGGAAGACCAGAGAUUGAAAAGAAUGGCCCCGGCCUGUGUUGCUCUUGCUCGAAAGUCUCUUCGUGCAAGACUCGGAAAUGCGAGUGUCGGGCUGCAGGUAGUAUUUGUGGCGGCUAUUGCGGUUGUGUAUCAUCAAAGUGUGCCAAUAGAGAAGGUGAAUUUAUCAAGGAAGAGAUGGACGGAUUAUCUUGCAUAGAUGCUGCUGAAUCUGGUGAGAGUUAUUCGUCCUCAGAUCAUGUAGAUGACGAGAAGACAAUGGAAAUGGUAUCUCAUGGAGCGAUGCUGCUGCAAAGAGCACUCACAGAGAAUCAGAUCAAAGAAAAUCUAGAUGGAAAACCAAGAAGACCCUUAUCUGAUAUUGGAAACACUGUGGUCAAAGAGAAAGGAACAAAACCAAAGCAGAGGAAAAACUGGCGCAAGUCGACAAUUCAGCUUGUUCCGGCAGAACCUCCUCCUCCCGCCUUGCCAGAAAACAAUGAAGCUCCAAGGAUUAGGGAUGAUAUCCCGCUUAGACUACCACGAGCAAUGGAUUCAGCUCCCUUGGAUAACAACAAUCCUCUAGCAGAUCGAAAUGCUGCUAAGCACGAUGAAUCGGUGAGCACCAAUAAGGAGAACAGAAGUGUGGUUCCUCCGCGAUCACCCUUUCGGUCAAGAAAGGUCACUGAUGAGAAAGAAAAUCAGAUGAAGUAAAUGUUGGUAUUAUUAGUAUCCAUCUGGGUUCUCUCUUUCGUUCUAUUACUAUUGCGGCAUCCUUGUGCAUCACCCUGUUGCAAUGUACCUUCCAUGAGUUAAAACAUCGAAAAGAGUUAACUCCAGCUGUUGACAAUUUGAGCAGCGAAGUCUCGCGGUCAAAAUAUCUUUGAUGGUGAAAGAGGUAGCAGAAUUCUACAUGUAUUUCCUCGAUCAUUUUGCCUACCUAUUUGCCUACCUAUUCUUUCGAAGACAAUACAUAUACCCAUGUUAAUUGUGGUAGUUUCCUUGAAACCAAUUCCAGUUUCAAAUUACUUGUAUUGAAUUGGCAGUUACGGAUAUGGCCUUCUCCUCUUCCGGCAUUCACUUAAAAGACUUCAUGUAUUUCCGUCAAUAUUGUUUGUCAAAAUAUUCUUUUGACGAAGCCACCGAUGCUACUAAAGUUGGUAGUUUCAGUUUA